CUGGGGGUCGGUCCCACUAGAACUACGUUCCCCGGCGUCCGCCGCCGAGCCGGUUCCUAGCGCGCAUGCGCAGUUCCUGCUUCCUGUCUUCAGUAGCGCAGGCCCGACCCGAGUUGCAGCAACGUGCGCGAGCGGCCGGCGCCAUGUCCCGGUUCUUCACCACGGGCUCGGACAGCGAGUCGGAGUCGUCGCUCUCCGGGGACGAGCUGGUGGCCAAGCCCGUCGGGGGCAACUACAGCAAGCCCAUCGUGCUGAGCGAGGAUGAGGAGGACACCAAGCGGGUGGUGCGCAGCGCCAAGGACAAGCGGUUCGAGGAGCUCACCAACCUGAUCAAGACCAUCCGCAACGCCAUGAAGAUCCGCGACGUCACCAAGUGCCUGGAGGAGUUCGAGCUGCUGGGCAAGGCCUACGGCAAGGCCAAGAGUAUCGUGGACAAGGAGGGCGUCCCGCGCUUCUACAUCCGCAUCCUGGCUGACCUGGAGCAGUACCUCAACGAGUUGUGGGAGGACAAGGAGGGCAAGAAGAAGAUGAACAAGAACAAUGCCAAGGCACUGAGUACCCUGCGGCAGAAGAUCCGCAAGUACAACCGGGAUUACGAGAGUCAGAUCACCAGCUACAAACAGAACCCCGAGCAGUCAGCAGACGAGGACGAAGGGAGGAAGAGCGAUGACUCGGAAGGCUCCUCUUCCUCGGAGGACGAUGAUGAUGGCGAGGGCAUGAGUGCGGCCGCCUUCCUGAAGAAAAAGGAGCCCUCUGGCGAGUCACGCAGCAAGUUCCUCAAGAAGAUGGAGGAGGAGGAGGAAGAGGAGGAGGACUCCGACGACGAGGACUGGGGCUCGUCCGACUCCGACACCGACUCCGAGUCCGACGAGGAUGACGGCAAAUACACCUCGCUGGCCUCCAAAUUCCUCAAGAAGGACGAGGACAAGAAGUCGACAGAGAAGAAGCGGGAGGAGAAAGCCAAGAAGAAGCACGACCGCAAGGCCAAGAAGGACGAGGACGAGGAGGAUGAGGGCGGCGAGUGGGAGAAGGUCAAGGGGGGGGCGCCCCUGGUCAAGGAGAAGCCCAAGAUGUUCGCCAAGGGCACCGAGAUCAACCACGCCGUGGUGGUGAAGAAGCUCAAUGAGAUCCUGCAGGCUCGUGGGAAGAAGGGCACAGACCGGGCGGCCCAGAUCGAGCUGCUGCAGCUGCUGGUGACCAUCGCGGCCGAGAACAACCUGGGUAUCGCCAUGGACCUCAAAAUCAAGUUCAACAUUGUCGCCUCCCUCUACGACUACAACCCCAACCUGGCCACCUACAUGAAGCCGGAGAUGUGGAAGAAGUGCCUGGACAGCAUCGACGAGCUGCUGGACAUGCUCUUCGCCAACCCCAACAUCUUCAUCGGGGAGAACAUCCUGGAGGAGUCUGAGAACCUGUCCAACUUCGAGCAGCCCCUGCGGGUGCGCGGCUGCAUCCUGACGCUGGUGGAGCGCAUGGACGAGGAGUUCACCAAGAUCAUGCAGAACACGGACCCUCACUCACAGGAGUACGUAGACCACCUGAAGGACGAGGGGCGGGUGUGCGGGAUCAUUGGGCGCGUGCAGAGCUACCUGCAGGAGAAGGGCACCACGGAGGAGAUCUGCCGCGGGUACCUGCGCCGGGUGCUGCACACCUACUACAAGUUUGACUACAAGGCGCAUCAGCGGGAGCAGGGCCCCGCUGGCGACUCCAAGUCGGAGCAGGACCAGGUGGAGAACGAGGGGGAGGACAGCGCGGCGCUCAUGGACCGGCUCUGCAAGUUCAUCUACGCCAAGGACCGCACGGACCGGAUCCGCACCUGUGCCAUCCUCUGCCACAUCUACCACCACGCCCUGCACAGCCGCUGGUUCCAGGCCCGCGACCUCAUGCUCAUGUCGCACCUGCAGGACAACAUCCAGCAUGCUGACCCCCCGGUGCAGAUCCUGUACAACCGCACCAUGGUGCAGCUGGGGAUCUGCGCCUUCCGGCAGGGGCUGACCAAGGACGCGCACAACGCGCUGCUGGACAUUCAGUCCUCGGGCCGGGCCAAGGAGCUGCUGGGGCAGGGGCUGCUGAUGCGCAGCCUGCAGGAGCGGAACCAGGAGCAGGAGAAGGUGGAGAAGCGGCGCCAGGUGCCCUUCCACAUGCACAUCAACCUGGAGCUGCUGGAGUGCGUCUACCUGGUGUCGGCCAUGCUGCUGGAGAUCCCCUACAUGGCCGCCCACGAGUUCGACGCCCGCCGCCGCAUGAUCAGCAAGCAGUUCCACCACCAGCUGCGCGUGGGCGAGCGCCAGCCCCUGCUGGGCCCCCCCGAGUCAAUGCGGGAGCACGUGGUGGCAGCGUCCAAGGCCAUGAAGAUGGGCGACUGGCGAACCUGCCACCGCUUCAUCAUCAACGAGAAGAUGAACGGGAAGGUCUGGGACCUGUUCCCUGAGGCCGACAAAGUGCGAACCAUGCUGGUCCGGAAAAUCCAGGAGGAGUCGCUGCGCACCUACCUCUUCACCUACAGCAGUGUCUACGACUCCAUCAGCAUGGAGAUCCUGUCGGACAUGUUCCAGCUGGACCUGCCCACCGUGCACAGCAUCAUCAGCAAGAUGAUCAUCAACGAGGAGCUCAUGGCGUCCCUGGACCAGCCCACACAGACGGUGGUGAUGCACCGCACGGAGCCCACGGCCCUGCAGAACAUGGCGCUGCAGCUGGCCGAGAAACUCGGCAACCUGGUGGAGAACAACGAGCGCGUCUUCGAUCACAAGCAGGGCACCUACGGCGGGUACUUCCGGGACCAGAAAGAUGGCUACCGCAAGAACGAGGGCGGCUACGUGCGCCGGGGCGGCUACCGCCAGCAGGAGCGACAGGCCAACUACUGACCGCCCGGACGCCUGGGUCCUCGCCGGGGGGGUGGGGGGAGCAACCAGUGCUGUAUUGGAGCCACAAUAAACAGCGUGAGCGGGAGAGA